AUGGCUAAUGACUCUCUACUUCCAACUCACUGGAUCAGGGAUCUAGAGAGGAUCUUUGAAGUACUCCAAUGCAACAAUGCGGAUAAGAUAAGGUGUGCAAUGUUCCAAUUCCAAGGUGACGCUAAUGCUUGGUGGCACUCCUCUAAGGAAAACUUUUGGGCUACACACCUUAAUGCUACUUGGGCCCAGUUCACAGAGAUUUUCCUUGAGAAUUACUUUCCUAGGAACUUUCAUGAUAAGAAAGAAGCUGAGUUCAUGAGCCUGAUCCAAGGGUCUAGAGUGGUCCUUGACUACCAACAGAUGUUCGAAGAACUCUUCUACUUUGUCCCCGAACACUUGAAGCUUGAGUAUGUCAAGGCCAGGAGAUUUGAGAAGGGACUGAAGCCCAACAUCGACACCACUGUAGUACUGCAUGAGUACCCUACUUAUGUGUAG